GUUUCGAACGGGACUUCUGAGCGGUUGCAAGUGUAGUAAGUGAUUCUCUGUUUGUCGGUAAUAUAUAACCGUUGAUGGUGUUACAGUACAAUGAAUAAGGAUUCGCGCGGGCUGCUAAUCUUUUCGCAUUUUUUGGGACUGUUUAGGAGAGAAGAUUCUUGAUCUAAAAAGCGAGAUAUAACCGAACGUGGAGUUUCUAUUUGUGCUGAUUCAGAUUUUUAUCAUCGGAGAUCGGUGCAGUGGAUUUUCAAUGAUUUGUUAGCAUAAUUCCAGCAACUACAGAUCUGACGAGGUGUCAUAACAAUUAAGUUAAAUUGAAUUUUUUGUCAGAUUAUAAGCAGAUAGUAUAAAGAGCAUCUUCGGCAUCUAAUCUGGAAAAAAAGUAGUGAUUCGACAAGCAUUGUUUCAAGGAUCCAAUAACAAGGGUAAUAAAUAAUAUUGUUCUUCGAUUGAAUAGAAAAUUGAUGUGUACUAGUGAGUUGUUAGUAUUAAUUGGCGUUAAUUUGGGAUUAAUACAAGUGGCUCAGUUGUAAAAUUUCUCCUAUUGGUGACACAGUGGAAAGAUAAAUGAAAAAAAAAAGGAUAAAUGAAGCAAUUGAAGUUGUGAUCUAGAUACAUAUUUGAGUGUGUCCUACGCUGUCAUCGUGCUGACAAUCAACUUUUAUUUACCGCUUAGUAAUCUAGGCAGCAGCUGGCUGAAACGGCAGGAGAAAAGUUUUCAAAAGGUUCCACAAGCACAAUAGGAAGUCGUAAGGAACGGAAUUGAUAAUAUACAUAAAGAUUCCCCAGCAUCAAGUUAGAUUCAAUCUAUAGGUUUCGAGCUCGAGCACCGAAUUGCGUAUGUUCGUUGUUUGGUUGUCAAUGGAAUCACCCAUCGGCACGUGGAUAGCCGGUGUCUAGUGCUAUAUUAAACCAGUUGUGUUGUUUUAUCACUGGAAAACGAGCUCUGAUUAGUUCAUUCGAUCCAAGGCAAUUAAUCCCGCUGAUAUAAAAAAAAAUCCGGCUUGAUCUUUAUUCCUAUCGCUACAAAAGAUAUUGUUCUGGUGAAGAAUGUUUUAAGUGAAGCAAAGAGUUAAAAGUGAAUGUUCAUUGGAAUCACAAGUGCUUAGUUUUGAUGCCAUACAGGCUCACUUAAGUGUUUCAAUUUCAUACGCUAUACAUUCGGCCAGUGUAACAAACGGAUAUAUUGUGUUAUAGGUCAAGACAGCAUACCACCGUCGGCGGCGUCGAAGGAUUAUCUACAAGUCGAAAUCUAAAGACCUGCUUUUUUAUCGGGUGAAAGAUACUGUCGUCACCCAAAAAUCGAACGGAAUUAAAAACCAUGAUGACGACACGAAGGCGACCCUGUCAGUCGCCAAUUGUUCAGUACCCAACCUUUACUCUGGCACUGCUUCUUCUGCAGCUGGUAGCCAUCGCAAGCAGCCUGGCUAUAACUAAUAGCGUUUUCAAAGCUUUUAGCAAAGAUCAAACGGUGACGUCUAGCACGUUGAGUUGGGAGAAAUUCAAUGGCGAGAAAACUCAGUUGCAGUAUGCCAUUCAAAGUUAUAAUCCAGCGGAUAAUCCCCGUUCCAAGGAACUGGUGGACAGCGACCAGUUGAACCAUGCUAGCUAUGUAUGUCGGAUACAGAUUGAAGGCAUCUUUUGCGCUGGUCAAACGCACAUGGAGGAUUCAUCGACCAUUUGCACGACGUCACUGCAGUCGGACAUCCGUCGUCAUCGGACGUUCGAGGUGCUAGUGAACCGAGGUGGUGGCGGUAAACUCAAAUGGCAACCGUGGAACAGGUACCUACCGGACAAGUUUCCGGGAGCCGUCAGUGCCAGUAACGGAAAGGUAGAUGAUUAUUACGUAGCCCGAUAUAAAUUGGAGCAUCAUGGCGGCCACCAUCAUCCGUAUAUUGUAGGCAAUUACGAUCCAUUGGAGAAACUAAAUGGACGCAUUUAUGCGCCUCUUCCGGGAAUUCCUCAAGCCUUAGAACACGAAACAGGUGAGAUUCUCAUCGAAAUUGAACCUGUGCAGUACGAACUAAGAAACAUAAAGUUGAACAAGAUACGGAGUGUGAUAAAGAAAAACAUUACAAAUUUAGGAUCGACAAUUCUAUCAAACGAAGAGGACAUCACAAAUCAGGCCGAAACUGUGAUAACAUACGACUACGUCAAAAUUACAUAUUACGGUCGGCAGCCUGGUGUAGGUAAUGGAGUUCCUACGAAGGUGAUUGAUCCCAGAACACAACAGCCGGUUGAUAUGUACUGGGGAGUGGAACUCACGGAAAGAAAAUUUGAGACCAAAGCGAUAAACACAAUCUUGCAGCCGGGAACGGCCAUCAACGUGACGCUAUUGGGUAACUACACUGAGAUGGAAGCCCCAUAUCACGCCAAUCUUAAGGCAUACUACGAUGACAAUAGUGAUCCUGUGUCAAGAAAACUUAACGGUUACAUGCUGAGUAAAGAUAUGGAAGACGUGAAGAUAGAAUUCAGCCCGAUAUACUGGAUCGAAAACGGCACCCUGGUCCCGACGACAACAACAACCACUACAACCACCACUACGUCGACCACAGAGGCGACCACGACCAACGAGCCGGUUCCGAUCAGUAACACACCGAUCGAUGAGUUCGGUAUCGGCAGUCGGUUGGACGACGACAUGAGCAACGAAAUCGAUCGCUCGUUAGCCACCAGUCGAGAAGAAGUCGCAAGCAGCCGAAGUAUCGAUAAACCAGAAAGCAGCAUUAGUCUGUCCAGUGUGGGGGGAUCGGCGAAAGGCGGCCGAAAUGGUGCCGCCAGCAAUGGAAUUCUUCGGUGGCCGGUUGAAGCGAUAGCGUUAGUAACCGGAGUAGGAGCGGUCCUGGUAGCACAACAGCGGAUUUAACUGUAGGGUAUCGUGUAGGCGAAGUGUUGAACAAGUUUUAUUUUCUACUAUACUUUUUUAUUGUUCCUCUCACGAAGGAUGAUAAGGAUGCGAGCGUGAAAACUUUGUUGAGAGGAUGGUAGGCCCAGAUUUUGUGCAUAGAGGGACGGGUUGGCGAGCUUGAAUAACAUUGAUUGUUUUUAAGUUAGCUUAUUUGAUAUCAAUUUUCUGCGCAGAAAUCAUAUUUCCCCUUGUUUUAGUCUUUAAGAACGCAUAGUUUAAGAUAAUUUAAUGACAACCACUAUAUCAUACUAUUUAAUUAGGGAAAAGUUUCAAUUCAUUACUAUAAAUACCACGUUUUUAAUAGCUUAGAAAGUAAAAUUAAUGAAAUGAUAAAACCAGUGAAAUUAUUUCUUAAAAUGAAGAGAUGUCAAUACGAAACAUCAUGUUCAUCGUGUAAAUAUAGUCUAUAGUUUAAUAUUACUUUUCAUUAUAGGAAAAAAGAAAGAAACGUCACGUCCAAUAACAACAAUUUGAAUUAAAAUUCCCAUACAAACUCAUCGGAACAAAAUGCCAACAUUACUCACUAUUAAAGCAUAGUUUGUGAGAAGAAAGUAAAGGAAUCCAUCUCUGCUUGUGGUUAAUUAUUUCAUUCAGUUGUAAUAAUUUUCAUAAAUUGAUCGCAACAAUCAUAUUCUCGACAGUCAACUAUGACCAAGCGUAAUCUUCCGGUAUAGAAAUGCUUCUCAGAAAUAUUUCAUUAUUUUUCAUUGCAUACCAAUCAGGCGAAGCUUGUUUGUAUUGGACAUGUUUUGCCUACCUUGUGAUUUCAGGCACGAUUUCGAAUGAAGUCAGAUAAAUUCAAAUCCAAUCAUUUCGUCAAAUUUGCAUUUUUGUGCAUUAAACAAUUCAUCUCCUUUACUACAGGGUGCAAAUUGUAUACUGAAGAACCCGUGGAAUAUUGAUGUUCAGUUAUCGUGAUGCUUAUUCUAAUCACUUUCCAGAAGACCUCUGUACGUUGCUAAACAAUGCAAUCAACAUGAUUAUGUGUUUCGUUCGAAUCGGUUUAUUUCGAUCGAAUACAAUCGAAAAUUUUUACAUUCGAUCGAAAUAUUCCGAUUCGAUCGAAGUACAAAAUGCCUUGUUUGGCAACGUACAUACAAAGGCCUGAUUAUUUGGCAUUAGACAACAGAAACUUGAAGUUUAAAGUGAAAUUAUCUUUAUGAAUGAAUUCUAUCCACUUGGUUUUGCUUUGUAUGGCGCUCUAAAACGUCUAACAAAAUUCAAAACGGUAUUACAAAAAUCAUUGGAAAAAUGUAAAAAGUGUGGUCUUUAAUGAAAAUGACGAAUCUGAUACCUACAUGAGGUGACAGUAAGAGUUGGGAAUCUUGGUAAUGCAUUCCUAUACAAACAUCCCUAUUCUGAAUUCCGAUCGAAUCGGAAUAUUUCGAUCGAAUGUGAAAAUUUGCAUUCUGUGUUUCGUUCGAGUGAUGCUUUUGUGUGGCAAACAAGAUCGAGAUACAGAAUGUAAUAUUUCACAUUCGAUCCGAAUAUUUCGAUUCGGUCGAAUUAAAGAACAGGGGUGAAAGUUCGAUCUUCUUUUUCAGCAGACAUCGCUACUGAUUUCAGGUUGAAGCUUUGGUAUGAGCUGGCUUAUAAGACCUGUGUUCCUGUUUAAUACUACAGUUCUCCAAUAAAUAAUCACAAAGACGUAUGAUGCAUUUGAACAGAUGAACACUAAACAAAUUGCAGAUUUACCGCGACAAAGAUCGAAAAUUUAUCAGUUAUUCAUUUUGACAACUAUGAACUUCCACUGAGUGAUAAUCUUCGUUUCACAUUGGGACAUUAUACUAUUAAAACAUACAAUCGUUUACCAACGCGUAAUGUUCCGAAGGCAUUUUUGAAGGAAAAUGAAAAAUAUCAGACAUUUAAACAGCUUACCAAACUUUUGUGUACAUAGUACAAAAUGAAAACCAGAAUUGAAAAGGGUUGUUAACGAAAGAUUUGAAGAACGAAUGAGAGGAACUAUCCUAAUACAGAGCAAAACACAAAUAUGAUAAAUGCAAUCUCUUACAAAAACCAAUUGAAUUGAAAAACGAAAAAAAAUCUUUUCAAUGCCUUGUGUGUGUGAUGAAUAUUCUACUAACAAAUGUAAUGCAUAGACAGGUUAUAAAGAACAAAAUCGUAAUAGAAAUUUUUGCGCCAACUUUAACCUUUUGAAGAUAUGGUCUUUAUUUCAGAAACAUUCAUAAAGAAAUGUGAAUGAUAAAUGAACAGAGCAUGAUAUAUAUCCAAACGACAGAAAAUGGAUUAUUGAUAUUAUAACAAACAUGAAACAGUCAAAAUGUAUCUUAUUCCAGAUAUUCAACUAAUCAAAACACAAAAAAGCUUUACAGCUCCGAAAAUCUGCUUUGUUGCUUUAUGAUGUUUAUUUUCUGCUUCAACGUAUGCUUUUUUUGGCCGUAUAUUCAUUGUUCAUUGAAUAAAACUAAAUCUAGCGGUUAAACUCCGAAUGAACAAAACCGUUACAAAUGCGCAUUGUUGCCUUGAUUUGCCUGUGCUUUUGAACCCUAAACUUGUUUAUCGUGCAAGAUAAAUACUAAAUUAUAUGGAGAAAUAAGGAAUCUAUUACCUGCCAAAAUUGAAACAAGACAAGUAAAAUACUACCGUUCUACGUGAUGCUGUUCCAUUUUGCAUGAGAUUUCUCAUUAUAUAUGGGAGCGAAAGAAUAGCACGUAUGAAAAAACAGCAACCAGGAAAGAUAAAACGUAGUCAAUGAAAAGAAUCGAAAAGAAAAACAAAAUGUAACGUAAAGCAGAGCAACUGUAAUAACAAACUUGAGGAUUAGAAAUAAAAUAUAAAAAGUUUGCGAUAAAAUUUCUAGAGAAAUAAACACAAAAAGUUUCGCAUAGUGAUUUCCUCAUGAAAUGUUCAACAUCCAGCUGUAACUACUUGUCGAUUGUGGAACAAAUGAUAAAACAAAUGAAUAAAUAUACACCUCGUAGACAUGGAAUGAAAUGUGGAAUUAUUGGGAAAAAUACAGACGCUAUUUUUAUAAUCAUAUUUAUCACCAGGUAGCGAGUAAAAUAUAACAAAAUAUUGUAUUGCAGACUGCUACCAAAGCAAGAUAAUAACAUCGUAGCGUGCGGCAAAGAACCAAAAACCAAUCGCACUGAAGUUAAUUUUUGAAGGACACGAAAAGUAUAAAUAGGUCCUUGUUCUGAUGCUGUCUUUCAUUUUUCGAACAUUGCUACGCUUGAACGCAAAAAAUUACUGCGUAAUAAGAGAAACAAAAACCUUGAAACAGAAUAGAAUAAAGGUGAGAAUUAUCAACAUGAUAAAAGAGCGAAAGAAAGAAAACGUUAUAAUUUGUUGAUUGUAUAUUAUUGUAAUGUAAUUGUAUCACAACGCUAAAAUAAAGAAAAAAUAUUCUCAACACAAAAACAAUGAUCGAGUCGAA